AUGAGUGGCCUCGGGGACAGUUCAUCCGACCCUGCUAACCCAGACUCACAUAAGAGGAAAGGAUCGCCAUGUGACACACUGGCAUCAAGCACUGAAAAGAGGCGCAGGGAACAAGAAAAUAAAUAUUUAGAAGAACUAGCUGAGUUACUGUCUGCCAACAUCAGUGACAUUGACAGUUUGAGUGUAAAGCCAGACAAAUGCAAGAUUUUGAAGAAGACAGUCGAUCAGAUACAGCUAAUGAAGAGAAUGGAACAAGAGAAAUCAACAACUGAUGAUGAAGUGCAGAAAUCAGACAUCUCAUCGAGCAGUCAAGGAGUGAUAGAAAAGGAAUCCUUGGGACCUCUUCUGUUGGAGGCUUUGGAUGGAUUUUUCUUUGUUGUGAACUGUGAAGGGAGAAUUGUAUUUGUGUCGGAGAAUGUGACCAGCUACUUGGGUUACAAUCAGGAGGAAUUAAUGAAUACCAGUGUCUACAGCAUACUGCAUGUAGGGGAUCAUGCAGAAUUUGUGAAGAAUCUGCUACCAAAAUCACUAGUAAAUGGAGUUCCUUGGCCUCAAGAGGCAACACGACGAAAUAGCCAUACCUUUAACUGCAGGAUGCUAAUUCACCCUCCAGAUGAGCCAGGCACCGAGAACCAAGAAGCUUGCCAGCGGUAUGAAGUAAUGCAGUGUUUUACUGUGUCACAGCCAAAAUCAAUUCAAGAGGAUGGAGAAGAUUUCCAGUCAUGUUUGAUUUGUAUUGCACGGCGAUUACCUCGGCCUCCAGCUAUUACCGGUGUAGAAUCCUUUAUGACCAAGCAAGAUACUACAGGCAAAAUCAUCUCUAUUGAUACCAGUUCCCUGAGAGCUGCUGGCAGAACUGGCUGGGAAGAUUUAGUGAGGAAGUGCAUUUAUGCUUUUUUCCAACCUCAGGGCAGAGAACCAUCUUAUGCCAGACAACUGUUUCAAGAAGUGAUGACCCGUGGCACUGCGUCCAGCCCAUCCUAUAGAUUCAUAUUGAAUGAUGGGACAAUGCUUAGCGCCCACACCAAGUGUAAGCUUUGCUACCCUCAAAGUCCAGACAUGCAACCUUUCAUCAUGGGAAUUCAUAUCAUCGACAGGGAACACAGUGGUCUUUCUCCUCAAGAUGACACUAAUUCUGGAAUGUCAAUUUCCCGAGUAAACCCGUCCGUCAAUUCUAGUAUCUCUCCGGCUCAUGGUGUGGCUCGUUCAUCCACAUUGCCACCAUCCAGCAACAACAUGGUAUCCCCCAGAGUAAACCGCCAACAGAGCUCAGACCUCCAUAGCAGCAGUCAUAGUAACUCUAGCAACAGCCAAGGGAGUUUUGGAUGCUCACCUGGAAAUCAGAUUGUAGCCAGUGUUGCCUUAAACCAGGGACAGGCCAGUUCCCAGAGCACUAACCCCUCCUUAAACCUCAAUAAUUCUCCUAUGGAAGGUACAGGAAUAUCUCUCGCACAGUUCAUGUCUCCAAGGAGACAAGUUAGUUCUGGAUUGGCAACAAGGCCCAGGAUGCCAAACAAUUCAUUUCCUCCUAAUAUUCCAACAUUAAGCUCUCCCGUUGGCAUGACAGGUAGUACCUGUAAUAAUAGUAACCGAUCUUAUUCAAACAUCCCAGUAACAUCUUUACAGAGUAUGAAUGAAGGACCCAAUAACUCUGUUGGCUUCUCUGCCAGUUCUCCAGUCCUCAGGCAGAUGAGCUCGCAGAAUUCACCUAGCAGAUUAAAUAUACAGCCCACAAAAGCCGAGUCCAAAGAUAACAAAGAGAUUGCAUCCAUUUUAAAUGAAAUGAUUCAGUCCGACAACAGCUCUAGUGAUGGCAAACCUCUGGAUUCCGGGCUUCUGCAUAACAAUGACAGACUCUCAGAUGGAGACAAUAAAUACUCCCAAACCAGUCACAAACUAGUGCAGCUUCUGACAACAACAGCAGAGCAGCAGUUACGGCAUGCCGAUAUAGACACAAGUUGCAAAGAGGUACUGUCUUGCUCAGGCACUUCCGGCUCGGCCUCUGCUAACUCUUCGAGCGGCUCUUGCCCCUCCUCUCAUAGCUCACUGACAGAGCGGCACAAGAUUCUGCACAGGCUCUUACAGGAGGGCAGCCCCUCGGAUAUCACCACUUUAUCUGUCGAACCUGAUAAAAAGGACAGUGCGUCUACUUCUGUGUCAGUGACUGGACAGGUACAAGGGAACUCGAGCGUAAAACUAGAACUGGAUGCUUCAAAGAAAAAAGAAUCAAAAGACCAUCAGCUCCUACGAUAUCUUUUAGAUAAAGAUGAGAAAGAUAUAAGAUCAACUCCAAACCUGAGCCUGGAUGAUGUGAAGGUGAAAGUGGAAAAGAAAGAACAGAUGGAUCCUUGUAACACAAACCCAACCCCAAUGACCAAACCUGCUCCUGAGGAAAUUAAACUGGAGUCCCAGAGCCAGUUUACAGCUGACCUUGACCAGUUUGAUCAGUUACUACCCACACUGGAGAAGGCAGCCCAGUUGCCAGGCCUGUGUGAGCCGGAGAGGAUGGAUGGUGCGGUCACCAAUGUAACGAUCAAAUCAGAGACCCUGCCAGCUUCGCUUCAGUCCACCACUGCCAGACCCACUUCCAGGCUGAAUAGAUUACCGGAGCUGGAAUUGGAAGCAAUUGAUAACCAGUUUGGACAGCCAGGAACAGGUGAUCAGAUUCCAUGGGCAAAUAAUACAGUGACUACCGUAAAUCAGAAUAAACCAGAAGACCAGUGUAUUAGUUCACAAUUAGAUGAGCUUCUCUGUCCACCAACAACAGUAGAAGGCAGAAAUGAUGAGAAGGCUCUUCUUGAACAGCUGGUGUCCUUCCUCAGCGGCAAAGAUGAAACGGAGCUAGCUGAACUAGAUAGAGCUCUGGGGAUUGACAAACUUGUCCAGGGAGGUGGAUUAGAUGUGUUAUCAGAGAGAUUUCCACCACAACAAGCAACACCACCUUUGAUGAUGGACGAAAGACCCAACCUUUAUUCCCAGCCUUAUUCUUCUCCUUCACCUACUGCCAAUCUCUCCAGCCCUUUCCAAGGCAUGGUCAGGCAAAAACCUUCACUGGGGACUAUGCCUGUUCAAGUAACACCUCCCCGAGGCGCUUUUUCACCCAGCAUGGGCAUGCAGCCCAGACAGACUCUGAACAGACCUCCCGCUGCCCCCAACCAGCUGCGGCUUCAGCUUCAGCAGCGCUUGCAGGGACAGCAGCAGUUGAUACACCAAAAUCGGCAAGCUAUCUUAAACCAGUUUGCAGCAAACACUCCCGUUGGCAUCAAUAUGAGAUCAGGCAUGCAGCAGCAGAUUACACCUCAGCCACCCCUGAACGCCCAAAUGUUGGCACAGCGCCAGCGGGAGUUGUACAGCCAACAGCACCGACAGAGGCAGCUAAUACAGCAGCAAAGAGCCAUGCUCAUGAGGCAACAAAGCUUUGGGAACAACCUCCCUCCCUCAUCUGGACUGCCAGUUCAAAUGGGGAACCCCCGUCUUCCUCAGGGUGCUCCGCAGCAAUUUCCCUACCCACCAAACUAUGGUACAAAUCCAGGAACCCCACCUGCUUCUACCAGCCCGUUUUCACAACUGGCAGCAAAUCCCGAGUCAACCUUGGCCAACCGCAACAGCAUGGUGAACAGAGGCAUGACAGGAAACAUGGGAGGACAGUUUGGCACUGGAAUCAAUCCUCAGAUGCAGCAGAAUGUCUUCCAGUAUCCAGGAUCAGCCCCGACUUCUCCCCUGAACACCAUGGUGUACAUCCAGCUGCUCAGUCAACAUCCCAGUCAGAAAUCUGAUAGGCAUCUAAAACGUACCACGGUCUUCUUCCCCAAAGCUCCUCUCCUACCUUUCCCCAUCUCCGUAAACUACAACCUCAUUCUUCCAGUUAUUCAGGAGAAACCCUCUUCUCUUUCCCUCACAUCCCACAUCAAACAUCCCAUCAGCAAAUCACAUCAGCUUCUUAGCAGCUCUCACUUCUUACCCGUCCCACUCUUUAGUGUGAGCCACCAUCUUUUUCCGGGACCGUGCAGUAGCCUUCUGUCUCCUGCUUCCACCCUCACUCCCCUGCCGUGUAAUCUCCGCAUGGUAGCCAGAGUGAUGCUUUCAGAACAUGAGCAUGCAAGACACCGCAAGGAGCAGGGGGGAGCUGCCCUUGCUGUCGAGUUACCGAGAGUCCACUUGGUGACAGGAGUGAGAGGAGUAAAACGUGAAAACAAAGACUCUUUUAGUAGAAUGAUCGUGUUCAGUCAAGCUGUCCAGAGCCAGCCCACGCCUGCGCAGCCCGGAGUGUACAACAAUAUGAGCAUCACCGUGUCCAUGGCAGGUGGAAACACAAAUGUUCAGAGCAUGAACCCGAUGAUGGGCCAGAUGCAGAUGAGCUCUUUGCAGAUGCCAGGGAUGAACACUGUGUGCCCUGAGCAGAUAAAUGAUCCAGCACUGAGACACACAGGCCUCUACUGCAACCAGCUCUCAUCCACUGACCUUCUCAAAACAGAAACAGAUGGAACCCAGCAGGUGCAACAGGUUCAGGUGUUUGCUGACGUCCAAUGUACAGUGAAUCUGGUAGGCGGGGACCCUUACCUGAACCAGCCUGGUCCACUGGGAACUCAAAAACCCACGGCAGGACCACAGACCCCCCAGGCCCAGCAGAAGAGCCUCCUUCAGCAGCUACUGACUGAAUAA